UGAGCCUCUCCAUUAUCUUCAACCUCCCUUACCACUUCUCAAAAACUCUUCUCCGAUAAGGUAUCCAAUUGCCGUGCGAAACAGAGAGUGCUUUAAAAGUCAUAUAACCAUGGCUGAGACCAAACCAGAAAUAGAGAUGUCGGAGGAGGAGAGGAAGAUCGUGAAGAUGUGUUCGUUGAAGAAGAAAGCGAUAAGCGCAUCGAACAGAUUCAAGAACUCAUUCAAGAAAAAGGGUCGAAGAAGCAGCAGCAGAGUCAUGUCCGUACCGAUUGAGGACGACAUAGACGCAGAAGACCUUCAAGCUCUAGAUGCUUUUCGUCAAGCUCUUGUCCUUGAUGAGCUCUUGCCUUCCAACCUCGAUGAUCUCCAUAUGAUGCUUCGAUUCCUGAGGGCAAGAAAGUUCGACAUUGAGAAAGCUAAACAAAUGUGGGGUGACAUGAUUCAAUGGAGGAAAGAAUUCGGCGCUGACACGAUCAUCGAGGAUUUUGAGUUUGAAGAGAUCGAUGAUGUCAUGAAGCAUUACCCUCAAGGCUAUCAUGGAGUGGACAAGGAAGGAAGGCCGGUUUAUAUUGAGAGACUAGGUCAAAUCGAUGCUAACAAGCUGCUUCAAGUGACAACAAUGGACCGGUACGUGAAAUAUCAUGUCAAAGAGUUCGAGAAGACUUUCAAGAUCAAGUUCCCUUCUUGUUCUGUCGCAGCCCAUAAGCACAUUGACCAGAGCACAACUAUUCUUGACGUGCAAGGCGUGGGGCUUAAGAACUUCAGCAAAUCCGCGAGAGAGCUUCUACAGAGGCUUCUCAAGAUUGACAAUGACAAUUAUCCAGAGACAUUGAACCGGAUGUUCAUCAUCAAUGCGGGUUCUGGAUUCCGGCUCUUGUGGAGCACGGUUAAGUCGUUUCUUGAUCCGAAGACCACAGCAAAGAUUCAUGUUCUUGGGAACAAAUAUCAUAGCAAAUUGCUCGAAGUCAUCGAUGCUAGUGAGUUGCCAGAGUUCUUUGGAGGCGCUUGCACUUGUGAAGACAAAGGAGGCUGUAUGCGCUCUGACAAAGGUCCAUGGAAUGAUCCUGAGGUUCUCAAGAUGGCUAUAAACCGCGAAGCGAAGUGCUCGCCAAUUUCAGAAGAUGAACAGAAGCAUGUUGACCAAGGAAGAUCAACGUCAGUUCUUGAAAGUCUUGAGAGAACCAAUAAGAAGAGGGACGAAGACAAUGCGUAUGAGAAGCAAAUUACAACCAUUGACAAGUCCAUGGAUAUGGCAUGGCCUGCAAAAACUCAGAAAACCGAAAACUUUCCUAUCUCUAAAGGGUUAGAGUGCUACGUGAGGAAGGGGGCACCGAAGAAAGGGGAUGGAUUACUUGUGGGAGGGGUCAUGGCCUUUGUGAUGGGCAUUGUUGCAAUGGUUAGGCUAUCAAAAGACGUUCCACGCAAACUCACUGAGGCUGCUUUAUAUGGAAACUCAGUUUGUUAUGAGGAAUCUAUGUCUAAGCAGAAUCAAGCGCAAUUUGCAGCACCUGUCUCGAGCGCUGAGUAUAUGUUGAUGGUGAAACGUAUGGCUGAGCUGGAAGACAAGUGCAUGUUCCUUGACUUGAAACCGGCUAAUGUUGAAUCUGAAAAAGAGGAGAAACUUCAGGCCGCGCUUAACCGUGUUCAAGUACUUGAGCAAGAGUUGACUGAGACCAAGAAGGCUUUGGAAGAAGCUCUUGUCAGCCAAAAGGAGAUUUUGGCAUACAUUGAGAAAAAGAAGAAGAAGAAAAAGCUGUUUUUCGGGUUCUAAAGAGGUGAAAGAGGAGAAGAUGAGAUCAUAAAGCAAGGGGAUGAGUCAAAUUGAUGUAAUUUGUUUUUGAUUUUGUUUCAAAUGAGGAAUAGAUUCAUCUUAAAAGCAACAGACUUGUACAUUUAUCUGAAGUAAAACUAUUUGUGUCUUUUUGCCUCUGACAUCGUUUGUGUGUGUGUGUGUAUUUUACUUUCUCUUUGACAUUCCUGUAAUUUUAUAUAUCCACGAGAUCAAAGGAUAAUAUAUACGUUU